GAGAGCGGAAGGUCAGGGAGGCUCGGAGCGGAAGUGAGACUAGGGAGUCUGUCCGCCAUUGUGGACCCGAGGAGCGGAGAGCGAGAGGGGGAAGAGCAGCCUGCACGCCGAGCAGAAGGGCCCCCUCCACGGACCCCCGAGCGCGAGGCCGUCUUUCUGGCUUCUCGGCGAGCGGCGGCAGCGGCGGCGGCUGGAUCAGUCACUCGGCCGAGGGCGGCAGCCAACUGCUGUGAGUGCACGGGGAGAGGCCCAGGCGGCGGCGGCGGCGGCGGCGGCGGCGGCAGCAGCAGCUCUCGGGUUGCGGUGAAGAAUGUCAGCCACUAGCGUGGAUCAGAGACCUAAAGGGCAAGGAAAUAAAGGUGGGAAAACAUGAUGCACAGAUCUGUUGACUUUCCUAACUUGAUGUAGUCAGGACCAGAGCAAAGAAUCACCUGGCUCCUAAGGCCCAUGUUCUAUCUUGAUUUGACUCUGCUUCAUAGAGCAGAGGAAACAGGCGAAGAAUCAUUUUCAGUACAAAACGGUUCGAUUCAUCAAAAAGAUGCUGUAAAUGAUGAUGAUUUUGAGCCAUACUUAAGUAGCCAGACAAAUCAGAGUAACAGCUAUCCACCAAUGUCAGAUCCAUACAUGCCUAGUUACUAUGCUCCAUCCAUUGGAUUUCCAUAUUCUCUUGGGGAAGCAGCAUGGUCCACGGCUGGAGACCAACCUAUGCCGUAUCUGACAACCUAUGGACAAAUGAGUAAUGGAGAACAUCAUUAUAUACCAGAUGGUGUGUUUAGUCAACCUGGGGCAUUAGGAAAUACCCCUCCAUUUCUUGGUCAACAUGGAUUUAACUUUUUUCCUGGUAAUGCUGAUUUCUCUACAUGGGGGACAAGUGGAUCUCAGGGACAAUCAACACAAAGUUCUGCUUAUAGUAGCAGUUAUGGCUAUCCACCUAGUUCUCUUGGGAGAGCUAUUACGGAUGGACAGGCUGGAUUUGGCAAUGAUACUUUGAGUAAGGUGCCUGGCAUUAGCAGUAUUGAGCAAGGCAUGACUGGACUGAAAAUUGGUGGUGACCUGACAGCCGCAGUGACAAAAACUGUAGGUACAGCCUUGAGCAGCAGUGGUAUGACUAGCAUUGCAACCAAUAGCGUGCCCCCAGUUAGCAGUGCAGCGCCUAAACCGACCUCAUGGGCUGCCAUUGCCAGAAAGCCUGCCAAACCUCAACCGAAACUUAAACCCAAGGGCAAUGUGGGAAUUGGGGGUUCUGCUGUGCCACCACCUCCUAUAAAACACAACAUGAAUAUUGGAACUUGGGAUGAAAAGGGGUCAGUGGUAAAGGCUCCACCAACCCAACCAGUUCUGCCUCCUCAAACUAUAAUCCAGCAGCCUCAGCCAUUAAUUCAACCACCAACAUUGGUGCAAAGCCAACUGCCUCAACAGCAGCCUCAGCCACCACAACCACAGCAGCAACAAGGACCUCAGCCACAGGCCCAGCCUCACCAAGUGCAGCCCCAACAGCAACAGCUGCAGAAUCGCUGGGUAGCUCCUCGGAAUAGGGGAGCUGGAUUCAACCAGAACAAUGGAGUGGGCGGUGAAAACUUUGGUUUAGGUGUUGUUCCUGUCAGUGCUUCACCUUCUAGUGUAGAAGUGCAUCCAGUGCUGGAAAAGCUAAAGGCCAUAAACAAUUAUAAUCCCAAAGACUUUGACUGGAACCUGAAGAAUGGACGUGUGUUUAUAAUUAAAAGCUAUUCUGAGGAUGACAUACACCGAUCCAUUAAGUACUCUAUCUGGUGUAGUACUGAGCAUGGUAAUAAGCGUUUGGAUGCAGCUUACCGUUCCCUGAAUGGGAAAGGCCCACUCUAUUUACUCUUCAGUGUGAAUGGCAGUGGACAUUUUUGUGGAGUGGCUGAAAUGAAGUCUGUUGUGGACUAUAAUGCAUAUGCUGGUGUCUGGUCUCAGGAUAAGUGGAAGGGCAAAUUUGAAGUUAAAUGGAUCUUUGUCAAAGAUGUUCCCAAUAACCAGUUACGGCAUAUUCGCUUAGAAAAUAAUGACAACAAACCAGUUACCAAUUCAAGGGACACUCAAGAGGUACCCCUAGAAAAAGCUAAGCAAGUGCUUAAAAUAAUUGCUACUUUCAAGCAUACCACCUCAAUCUUUGAUGACUUUGCACAUUAUGAAAAGCGUCAAGAAGAGGAGGAAGCCAUGCGUAGGAGGAAUUCCCCAGGUUGUCUUGCCAGCAAAGCACUCAGUGGAGGAGCCUGCUAGACAUCCUGUCAGGAGAGAAAUAGAAACAAACAAUAACCGUAUGAAGAUGUCCUGUUAGAAUUACAACACUAAUGAUGUAGACUCUGGAAAUGCCUAAUAAGUCAAAGAAGACGUUAUUAAAGCUUUGUUUCUGCUUAAGGUGA